CCAGCUGCAUUUUCCCUUUCAAGCGGAGCAGAGCCCGCGGGGCCAGCGGGGACGCCCGGGGCAUGGCCCAGAGUGUGGUCUAUGCCGACCUGAAGUUUGCGGCGCGGCCCCCAUCCACCGUGCCCGACGACGACGACAGUCCGUACGAGAACGUGCCGCUGGGGCCGGUGACAGCAGCGCCCAGCGCAGGGCGCUGGACCCGGCGAUGGCGCGUCCCCACAGCGCUGCUUGUAGCCAGCCUGCUGCUGCUGCUGCUGCUGCUGGUGGCCGUCGUGGCCCUGGGGGCUUGCCACUGGCAGGUCACCCGCAGCCUGCAGGACUCCUCCCGUGAGCACAUGGCCGAGCAGGGCCGCCUGUCACAGGAGCUGAGGGCACGGGAGCAGAGCCUGGAGCAGACACAACUGGAGCUGGCAUGGGCCAGGGAAGAGCUGCAGCGAGCGUGGCGCGAGGGCAACAUCAGCCAGAUGGAGCUGAAAAGCAGGAAUGCCGAGCUGGGGCGUGCCCAGCAGGAGCUGGCUGUGUUGCAGGAGGAGAUGCAGGUGGUGCAGGGGAGGCUCAACACCAGCGAGAGGACUGUGAGCAGCCUGCGUGCCUGCAUGAACACAGAUUGCUGCCCCCGGGGCUGGGUACUCUUCAAGAGCAAGUGUCUCUACAUCUCGGUGAUAAACAAGACCUGGGAGGAGAGCAAGGAAGAUUGUGAAAGGAGAUUUGCUCAGCUGCUGGUCCAGGAUGAGUGGACACCGCUGACAGUGCCGUAUUUUGUGCAUGCGUCUAAGGCACACUACUGGAUUGGAGGAAGACCUCUUUAUGGAGAGAGGAGAUCUAUGUGGACGGACAGCAAACACCUCUCGAAACACCAUACUGACUGCUGGUCGGUAGUUAACGGGGAAAUGUGGAAUAAGCGGUGUGACAAUCCCUUGCCCUGGAUCUGUGAGAAAUCCCCAAGGCUAAACAUUGCAUCUGAGACUCAACCUCUUUUUCUGACCAAGGACUGACUGCUGCCACCCCAGCUCCAUCACUGGACUCAGGAACAGGACCCGGGUGUGCACCCUGAGAUCCUGUCCCCGGUGCAUGCUUUGCCUCAAUUGCAUCGCAAAAGUGCUGCAGAAAAGUGUCUCUAUUUUAAAACAAGGAUUAUGGAAAAUAGACCUUAUUCCCCUCUCCCAGACUCAUGCAAACACAUAUUAUACUGCUUUGUACUGUGCCCCUGCAUGUGCCUGUGUGCCUGGCCAAUGCAUCUCUGACUCGGGUCUCCAGUGCAGAGCCCACCUCCCACCUUCUUUGUUAUCCCAAGGCUGCCAGAGGUGCAGGAUCUGCUAUUUGCAUAUUUUUGGAGCUUGAGGAUGACACACUCAUGUCCUCAACCUGUCCAUUUUGGGGAGACCUGUGGAUUUACAGCCUGCCCCUUUCUCUCAGCAUUGACAGCUCUCGUCCUGCCCUUUCUUCUGACUCCAUCACCUGCCCUGGGUCCUGCCUGGAAAGGGUGCUGACAGUGGAGCUAUCACCAUGAGAAAAUGCUGGGAAGCCCAGAGACCAUAUAGGAAGUGGGGGAGUGCUGGGGAGCUUUGAGAACAUGGUGGAUGAAUGAGGAAACUCUGAAACCAUGGGAGGAAAACAAGGGCAAUGAAGAGCCCUAAAAUCGUGGGAGGUGAAUGUGGGAAUCCUGAGACCAUGGAAAGAAAGGGAGCACAGUGGAACUGCAAAUUAGGGUGGUCCUGAAAAUGUGGAGGUGCACUGAUAAGACAGUGGGACAGAGGAAGGAGCACUAGGGAGACUUGGGAACAUGGGGGAAAAGGGAGACCCCUCCCACCAAGGGGGAAAGAUCCUUAAGAAUGUGGUGGGACCUUAUCUGUCAAAGGAGGGUGAUGAGAGAAUCCAGUCCAGGCCCCAGGGUGACCCUCCCUGUUUCAGUCAGUGUUUCUGCAGAGAGGGGAAUGUGUUGGCGACCAUUCUGCUAAGCUGGACGUGAGACAGCCAGCACGGCUUCACCACAAGUCCUGCCCAACCAACCCAGCGGCCUUCUACAGUGGAGUGAUUGCAUCAGUGAACAAGGGAAGGGCUGCACGUGUCUAUCACAAAAAUCACGGCAGCCCCGGACGAGGGGAGAGAAGAAUGACACAGCAUCUGACUCUGUCUUCAGAAGGCUGAUGAAGUACUUUAUUCUGUAAAUCUACAAUUGAAUCUGCCAUGCACUCACAUGCUCACAACUGCACUCAUCCUCGUUCUUCCAUGACUCUUGCUGACUGUCCGUGACUGUCAGCAGACAGUCCAACACAGACACACUCUUGGCCCUGACAGGGCCAGGGAAGAAAACAUCCUCACUUUUGGGUAAACAAUCUCCACAUUCCAUUCUACUUUGGCACA